CCUAUUGAUUUUGAAACGUAAAAGUCAGUGUUUCCUUCUUGACUUGUGAUCUUUUUAGGGUGUGUGUAUAUAUGUACUUCAUGAUUUAAAAGCCUGUAAUCUUCCUUUAAAUAUAAUACACCUGGAAGCUCUGCAGACAUGGCAUUUUCUGCCAUUUACUUUUUGGAUAACAAAGGACAGGUUCUCAUCUCACGCAAUUAUCGAGGGAAUGUUGCAAUGUCGAUGAUUGAGAAUUUCAUGCCUUUACUUCUAAGCAAAGAGGACGAUGGGUCCUUAAGUCCAAUUUUGCAGCAAGAUGAUGUCUACUUUUUGUGGAUUAAAUACAAAAAUAUUUACAUGGUAUCUACAGUGAAGAGAAACACCAACAUUUCAUUAUCUUUUGCAUUCCUUUACAAAGUUAAACAGAUCUUCAUCGAGUACUUUGGAGAUCUUGAACAAGAGAGUAUACAGGACAAUUUUAUUCUAAUGUACGAGCUUCUUGAUGAAAUUAUGGACUUUGGUUACCCCCAGAUCACUGAGACAGCCAUAUUGCAGGAAUACAUUACACAGGAAGGUUACAAAUUGCAGCAGGGAGCACCUAGACCUCCAGCUGCUGUCACCAAUGCAGUAUCCUGGAGAUCUGAAGGAAUCAAGUAUCGGAAGAAUGAACUUUUCAUGGAUGUCAUUGAGUCUAUUAACUUCCUGGUUAAUGCUCGUGGCUCUGUGGUUCACAGUGAGAUUUUGGGACAGAUUCUGCUGAACUGCUGUCUGAGUGGGAUGCCAGACGUCACUUUGUGUUUCAAUGACAAUGCUCUUUUCAACCAGAACAAAGGAGAAAACACUAAUGUAGUGGACUUUGAGGACAUAAAAUUUCAUUCUUGUGUACGGCUGUCUCGCUUUGAAAAUGAACGUGUCAUCUCCUUCAUCCCACCAGACAAAGAAUUUGAGCUAAUGUCAUAUCGAGUCACCAAUAGAGUCCAACCAUACCUAUUUGUUGAAGCUAAUGUGCAGCGAUACACACACAGUAGAAUAGAAAUCACAGCAAAGGUUAAAGGAAAGUUUAAAGAGCGUCUGACUGCUACAGAUGUUGCCAUCAUCAUUCCUGUCCCGACUGAUGCCUCAUCUCCAAAAUUCAGUACAGCUAAAGGUUGCAUAGAAUGGGUACCUGAGGACAGUGUUAUCAUCUGGUCUAUAAAUUCUAUUCAGGGAGGAAAAGAAUUUAUGAUGAAGGCCCAUCUGGGACUGCCAAGUGUCAAGGCAGAAGAACCUGAAGCAAAACCUCCAAUCAGAGUGAAGUUCAAAAUCCAAUACCUAGCAGCGUCAGGAUUGCAGAUCAAGUACGUACGAAUAAUUGAAAAGUCCACUUAUCAGGCAAUAUCCUGGGUCAGAUGCCUAACAAAAAGUGGAGAUUUCCAAAUUCGGAUUUGAAGUUUUCUACUUCUAAAUUCCACUUUGAGCAGAGGAGUUUAACUGUGAACAUCAUUCACAAGAUUUCAAUAAAACACGAGUGCUGUUGUCCCAAAUUGCAUGAAAUGAUUUGCUCAAGACUGAAGUGCACAGUAUAUUCACAAUUCCUGCUGAAGAUUUUAAAAAAUUUUGGACAGAAACAGGAGUUAAUGAGUAAUGAUCGUCACUUUUAUUAAAGAAAAGUCACAAUUGUUCAUUUGAAUCCAUUUUAUGCCUUGUGAUUUUGUUCAGAGUACGUAUUGUGGGGGAAGAUUUGAACUAGCCACUAAUGCAACUAGUUCUUAUCUGCGUGAUAUUAAAUUGUUUUAUGCCAUUAGUUGCAUUAAAGUUUAAAAGUUACGUUGCUCCCAACGUAUGAACAAACUUGUUCGAUAAAAAUACAAACAAUUUCACAAGGUGAUGUGCUUCUGUUGUGUUGGCUGCUUUGGUAAUUAGUUGUUCCACUGUUGUUUUUUCCAAUUCUUGAUUUUGUCUAUGUGCUUGCCUGAUUUUAUUCCUUUGGGGUUGAAUGGAAAGCAGCACUGAGGUGAACUUGGGAAUGGUCAAAUUAGCCAAUGAAGAAAAUCCUGUUGAGAUCUGAUCGUAGCCAGGAGACUAGUUUUAUUUUCCUACCAUGGCUACAGUGCCUUUUGAAGUGUGGGUGAGAGGAGGUGAAUGCUGUUGAUGGCAAAGGCACUAUAUAUAGGUGCAAUAUCCCUGCUUUGUUUCAAAUAGUAAUACUUGUCAACCCCAGAAAGUUCAAAGCUAUUUUUAAACUGACCUGAACUUUUCAAGAUACAUAUGAUGAUGAAGAAAACUGUAGUUAAAUUGGAAUGAACUAUCCCAUUGUUUGGCCGUGUUUCUUCGAGUGAGAGCUAUGGCUGUCACUCUGUUAAGCCCAAUGUCAACUUUUCUCAUAUUCUUUAUCUCAGUAAUUAUAUUCCACGUGGAGGAUGCCAAACAGGGCAAUCAUGCGGCAGGAGAGGCAGAAGUGCUUGCCCCUGCGAGGACUUUGCAAUGUUCACACUGCUGGUGCCUUAUUUACACCCAGUUCCACAAUACUUCAGGUGCUGUAUGCCUAGCCUUCACACUCUGAUGCUCCACUAUUGUUAGCAAGGACGUGGGCCAGAAUGGCAAAGCCACUUCCUGCUCCACCAACAGGGUAAAGGU